AUGGGGGAUUUGGAAAGGUUUUCAAAUGUAACGUUAUCAAUGGAUCAAGUGUUGUCGUUUUUGUCAUUAAACGGUUGGAUUCCAUGUCCUCCCACGGAGUUCUGGACGGAAGUUAAGAUGCUUUUUAAGUUGCGUCACUGUCAUCUUGUGUCUUUGUUUUGUUACAGUAAUUACGAAGAAGAGAUGAUCCUCAUCUACGAAUAUAUGCUGAAUGGAACCCUCGAAGACCACCUCCAUAAACUUGGAACCCCUCUUUCUUGGGCUCAGCGACUCAAUAUCUAUAUAGGUACUGCUCGUGGGUUAGAUUACCUCCACACAGCUAAAAUCUCAGCCUUCGGGUUGUCCAAAAUAGGCGCAACCAAUAAGCCAUCUACUUAUGUCAAGACACUUGUUAAAGGCACCUUUGGGUAUCUUGAUCCAAAUUAUUUCACAACUGGAAUGCUAACCAGGAAGUUUGAUGUGUUUUCUUUUGGGGUGGUCUUGUUGGAGGUUUUGUGUCGGAAACGUUUAGUGGAUGGAAGUCUUGAUGAGGAGCAAUGGGGUUUAGUGCCAUGGGCUCAAGAAUCUAUCAAAGAAGGCAAUUUAAAGAAUAUAAUUGAUUCUGUGGAGAGUAGCUUUGGACGGAUGGCUCAUCCGAAUAUUAUUAAUCUCUUGGGGUAUUUUCAUGAUAAAAAGGAUAAUUGCUUGCUUGUUUACGAACACAUGCAAAUGAAAAACCGAAAUCUAAGUCACGUCUUAUUUGAUGAUAUUGCUAAACCACUUUCAUGGGAAAGACGCCUUAUUAUGAUGAUAGGUGUAGCGCGUGGACUCGCUUAUAUGCACUCGUCAAAAGAACAAGUCAUACACGGUUGUAUUAAAACCUUUAAUAUAUUGCUGGAUCAGAAUAUUAAUGUGAAACUCAGGUGCUUUGGUUUGGCUAAAUUUCAUCCUAAUAUCGAUGAGUUAGAUGAGAUGAAAGAGGCUACGAGAAGUAACAUGGAUAUCGGGCGUUUUCUAGACCGAGGGGAUCAACUUACUGGUAGGUUACCAUGUAUGAAAGUGAUAUUUGAUCCAGUGAUGGUGUCCCACAUUAAUAUGAAGAUAAAACAUCAUAGAGUAGCUUGA